CUCCUCGGCUACAGACACCAGGUCCCUGCAGCUGUCUGUGGACCAUUAGAAACCAGAGUUAGAAGGUUUGAUCAUUGCUCAGUUCCUCUGUAGCAUGUUGUACGGAUCUCGGGCGAACGUUUCUGUUGAGCUGCAGUAUCAGGACCUUCUGGAAAGGGUGAUCACCUUCACCCUGUGCACCAUCCCAGCCUGUGUGUUUCUCUUCAUCAAUGGAACCAUGUUGUUCACGCUGAGGAGCAAAUCUGUUUUUUGUGACACCUGUCGUUACAUCCUUCUGUGUAACCUCCUGUUUGCAGAUACCAUCCAACUGUUGGUCAGUCAGGUUCUGUUUUUUCUUGCUGUUUGUAGAAUCACACUAACUUAUCCUGUCUGUGGAACCAUCACUAGAGUUGCAACCAUCGCCAAUGUAAUCUCCCCUCUCACUCUGCUGGUGAUGUCUCUGGAGAGAUUUAUAGCUGUGUGUUAUCCACUAAGGCAUGCUACCAUCAUUACUAUCAACAACACCAGAAUGGCUAUUAUUUCACUUUGGGCUUUCAGUUCUUUACACAACCUGGUUUGUGUUGUUCUGCUGUUAGAUUUCCCGUUUGAAAACCUGGAGACGUUGCAGAUGAAGAAUUUCUGUUCUGACCUCGCCAUGCUGCUCGGCCCCAGGUCUAAAGAUUACAAUCAAGGUUUUACAAUCUUUCUGUUCCUUUCCUCCGGUGUAGUGAUCAUUUCCUCCUAUCUCGGGGUGAUAAAAGCUGCCAGGUUGGCCUCCACGGAUAAAUCUUCAGCUCUGAAAGCUCGUAACACUUUGCUGCUACACCUGGUGCAAUUGUGCCUCAGUCUGUCCUCGACCAUCUUUAACCCACUGCUUCUGCCUAUUCUAAAAGCUGUAUCAAGGGAAGUGUUUGUCCGAUUGCAUAAGUUUCUUUAUGUCUUGAUUAUUUUAUUCCCAACCUGUUUAAGUUCUCUGAUCUACGGCCUCAGAGAUCAGACUAUCAGACCGGUUCUCCUGCACAAUCUAGGCUGUCGAAUUCAUGUCAAAGUUGUUCCAUCAAAAAGCUGAGAUGCUUCUUUUUAUUUUCAGAACAUUUUAUAGAUCUUAAAAUUAUGAUUUAUUUUAAUAAAUUCCUUUAUUUUUCUCAUUAAUGUCCUCUCUUUACCAGAACUGGAAUA